CCCGGGACCGACCAGCGGCUUCCUGUGUGUCUGAUCCAGGAAGUGUUCAUCAAGGCAUCAUUAGACCUGAGCAGCAGUUAAAAUGAGAUUUUCUCAUCAGACCGGGCGCUUUCAGAGUCAUUAAAAACAUUUUAAAGCGAUCAGGCGCGCAAAUCUUGCCCCGCGCUUUUAGUUGGGUCAAAAACGCGGGAGGCUGGUGUUGCUGCCGCUCUGCUUAAGUCAGAGGUCAGCAGGAAACUGCUGGGCUUUGAUCGCCAACUGGAUGCUGCUGUUGCAUAAACGGUCAUGAAGGAGGGAUCGAGAGAAAGAGGGGUUUCCUCUCGGGAAACUUCACUCACUCUCACAGAAAAACGGGAAAGCUGCGGACUCGGGAAUCUGCCUCCAGAAGCCGAGCCUUAAGGACAGUUAUGUUGGGUGUCGUUCUCCUCCUGCUCUCCUCCUUCUGUCCUGGGGUCACGGUUCCUCCGCCCAACGCUCCCUGCAGCAGAUGCUGUGACCAAAUGCCGCCAGCAGAAGGCAGCGGAGAUCCUCCGACGCUGGCAGAGUUCGCCGUCCCAGAGAUCCGCACCUACAUCAACAUGACUAUCCUGAAAGGUGACAAAGGAGACCGUGGUGACAGAGGGACCCCAGGAAAAGUUGGACAGGAAGGCCCUGCGGGGGCUCAAGGCGCAGCGGGGUCAAAGGGCAGCAAAGGCCACGCGGGGCCUCCAGGAGACCCCUGCAAGCUCCCGCACUCCGCCUUCUCCGUGGCCCGCCGGAAGUCCCUGCACAGCGACGACGCCUACCAGGUGGUGGUCUUCGACACGGCCUUCGUCAACCUCCACGGCGACUUCGACAUGUUCCAGGGGAAGUUCCUCUGCCGCGUCGCCGGGGUCUACUUCUUCAACGUCAACGUCCACUCGUGGAACUUCAAGGAGACGUACCUGCACAUCAUGCAGAACGACGCGGAGCAGGCCGUCGUCUACGCGCAGCCCAGCGACCGCUCCAUCAUGCAGAGCCAGAGCGUCCUGCUGGCGCUGCGGCCGCGCGACGCCGUGUGGGUGCGCCUGUUCAGGAGGGAGCGCGAGAACGCCAUCUACAGCGACGACGUGGACGUCUACAUCACGUUCAACGGGCACCUCGUCACGGCCGGCGGGGAGUGAGCGACGCGGAGGUGACGUUUCGUUUCGGGUUCGUCUGUUAGCGUGUUCGCGCCGUUUUCACGUUUCCUCAGGUCACGGCCUCAAACGUGGGCAAGUCUCGCGAUAAAACAGGAACGCGCUUUUCUUGACUGGCACGUCUCAACAUAAUCAAUCUUCCAUGUUUAAGGAAGUAAUUCCCGCAGCACGUAAGCAUUUUUUGGCUUAGUUUCUGUUGUAAAUAUCUUGGUACACUUGAAAUCAAGACAAAAUUAACUUUUUAGCAGGACAGAGGAGCUUCUUUUAUUUCAAUAAUCCCUUAAUAUUAACGAAAACCUCCUAGAUGUGAGUGCAGUACUCUGACAAUUCACCUGGACAAAAUUUAUCACCAGGGUGAUGGACAGUAUUUUGUUUUUCCACCAUUUUGAUCUCAUUCUGCAGAGUUAAAUCAACACUAUGCUGAGUCCAUUUGGUCCUUAUCAGAAUUGGAGUUAACUCUUUUCAGAGUUAUUUCAAGAAAAGUUUGAGUAGUUAUAACUUUUUCAAGUGUUAAAACUUCUUGUUGAAAUUACUUUGAAAGGCGAUAACACCAAUUCUGAUACGGACCAAAUAGUGUUGAUUUAACUUUGCAGAAUUUAGCGAAACACCUUCUCUGUGUUUACUGUGUCCGUUACAUGCGGUUUUCUUUUCCACACAUCUAUAUUAGAUAGAUUACACUAAAAUAUCCGUAACGGCUUCGUUUACUGUAUUGCAGUCAUUUUGGAAACCUUAACAAAGUCACAAAGUCACUGAAUGCAGCAUAACCACACUAGGAAGUUCAACCCAGGACAGUAAAUUUAUGCUUGAAAGAAAAUAACUCUCUGGCUUUCACUACAGACAUUUCAGUACAACCGCAGGAAAAUGUGUCACAAUGCGAAAGAUGUACAGGACAAUUAUAAAACGUCCUGCUUUAAAGUCUUUCAGCGUGUUGAUGGAGGCUAAAAAAAUACAUGAUCUGUGCUUUUCUAGUGGUAAGCUGUCUGAUUUAACUGGCUAAUUUUAAAAUAUGUUCAGGGUUUCCCUCAGUGUAUUAUAAGCCUGGCAGGCCACCAGGCUUUACAUGUUCCCCCACCAGGCUAAUAAUUGCUUAUUUACUUCAGACUUUUUAAAAUGUUUGCAUUUUAUAAGACUUUAUAGUUGGUGUUCAGGUAUUAAUCUUCCAAUCUUUCAAUAACACAUAAUUAUCAAGUGAUAUUUUCAAAUUUCUUGUCAACUUUAAACAUUUUUUAACUCAAGAACACGACAGGCUGCUGGUGCCCAACCACCGGGCUUAGCAAGUAUUCUGGGGAAACCUUUUAUGUUUCUUGCCAAAAUGUUUUUCUGUGUGUUAGCACAAAACUGAAUUCGCUGAAUCAUCUUUCUGAAUGACUCAGACUGGGGACAAGAAAUGAUCAAAUAUUAUGUUGCCAAAAAGUAGCAACAAAUAAGAUUUUAUUUAUUUAUUUAUUUGUUAAGUAAUAAAUAAAUAAAUGAUGUAUGUACCUUAAGAUUAUUCUCUACUCUGUUCCAACUGCGACAUCAAAACAUUCAAUUACACAAGUCCAACAUGAUUGCACCUAAACUGCUUAGCAGAUGUGUAAAUAUAUGAAAAAGGAAAAUCAUAACUGAAACCAUUGUGUUGUGUAUUUUGUAACAGUUUAAGCUUGACUGCCUUCUGUGGGUUUGACUCCUCGCGAUGAAAAUCUAGAAGGGUUUAUAACUUCAUCACUAUGAUCUUUUGAUAUGUAUUGUGGAAUAAUCACUCAUUUGUACUAUUAAAAAUAUGGAGUGAAAUUAA